UAGUAGUAACUUAACUGCUACCGUGUCGCACCGUUCGGUUUUAUUUACCAGUCUGCCACUGUGCGUAAAUACACACACACACACAGACACACACACCCACACCCGCGCGCGCGCGCGCAGAAAUUUAAAUUGCUGUUGAUGUAAAGUGUUGAACGAAAUCGACGCAAGCUCUAAAUGCCGCUCCACAUUCUGGUUGGCCGACAACUGGGAAGUGUGAGGUGGGUGUCGUGGCAUGUCAUGUGACCCGCCCCUACUUCACGUCACGUGACACGCAAAACACUAUUGCGAAAGCUGGAUUGUCCUGUGCAAAGUUUUAUUGCAGUUGUCGAAGUGUGGCUGAAGGAAGAUAGUUGUGCCGGUUCGCUCUCCACGGACCACUAAACAGCGUUCCACUUGGUAACUAACUUCACUAGCUCACUGCUUGAUAUACGCACACUCUCACACACACACACAUACACACACAUACACACACAUGUACACACUCAGUGAAAGUUGCUUGAAAAUAAGGAAAAUCUUUCAUUGCAUUUACGAAUAAGUUUCUGAAAAAGAAAAUAAUAUAUUAAAUAACUUCAUUUUCUUUCUUUCAAAAAACGGACGCAAAAUGAAAAUACUGAGAAAAUCUACAUAUUAACGCGUAUUAAUUUCUAAUUUACAUUUUACUUACAAAAAAAAAAAAAAUUACUGAAAACUUUUCCAAAGUGAGAGAAAAUUCCUGUCUGUCUCUCAUUCUGUUUCUGUAUCGCGAACCUAAUAUUUAUUGCAUAAAUAAACCAGUUAACAAACAAAUAUAUUGAUAUAUAUACGAGAACAAGCAUGGAAGCUCUCUAUAUCCAUAUAGCGAAUAAACUUGAUAAUGUGCGGAAAUCUGCGAAGACUUAUGGUUCCAUUCGGGAAGAAAUUCUCAGCUGGGACCUAUGGAGAGCAACAUUUGCCGAAUUUUUAGCUACAUUCCUGUUUGUUUUCGCCGGUUGUGCAUCCGUAUCUAGUCAGCCGACAAAUGUCGUACAGAUUGCGCUAUGUUUUGGUUUGGGAAUUAUGGCGAUGGUCCAGAUGGUGGGACAUAUUUCCGGAGGCCACAUCAACCCAGCAGUCACGAUUGCCAUGGCAAUAGUUUUUAACAUCACUCCUCUACGAGCCCUUUUUUACAUCAUUGCACAAUGUCUUGGAGCAAUUGUUGGGGCAUUCUUCCUGAAAGGUGUUUCUGUUAGUGGAGCGAGCCUCGGAGUUACAACCUUGAAUAAAAUCAAUGCUGGACAAGGGUUCGCCGUCGAACUUUUCCUAACCUUUGUAUUGGUCGCUGUUAUCUUUGCUACAACUGAUCCGAAUCGUACUCACUUUGGCAAUGCUUCCAUCGCAAUUGGUUUGACUGUCACUUUAUCACACUUGGCAGCACUACAUUUAACUGGAUCUAGUAUCAAUCCUGCUCGCUCCCUUGGAUCUGCUGCUGCUGCCAAUUACUGGGCAUAUCAUUGGGUCUACUGGGUCGGUCCUAUUCUUGGCGGGUGUGCAGCUGCUCUUCUGUACAAGUACUUCCUUAACCCCUACAGGAAUAUGCCUUCCAUGGAAGAAACACUACAGAUGGUUACCUCUGACAAGGGAAUGACCUUCAUGGAAACUGCAGAUGGUAAGAAAUCAGACGUGGUGUCUCGCAAUGCUGAUAACACGGAAUCGGCGUCUCUUUAAUUUACGAACUUUUGUGGUUCAUUCCACCCUUCCAAAUUUUCAAUAUUGCAGACGUCUUCUCUCCUUCUUCUCUCUCUUUCCUCUCUCUCUUUAUUCUCUCUCUCUCUCUCUCUCUCUCUCUCUCUCUCUCUCUCUCUCUCUCUCUCUCU